AUGGGGGGUCGAGAGCGGGCUGUGGGAUGGGUUACAGGGGGAGAUGGCGGGGGGCAGUACCGCCCUGAGGACCGGAUAACGCAGAGGGAGGGGGCGUGGGUGUCACAGAGACUGUGGAACGGCGAGCCGAAAUCCGUGCUGGCUUGGAGCCUGUCGGAGGUGUUGCAGGGAGCAGAGGUCGAUGGGGUGAAAGUGACAUGGGAGGCAGAGUUGGGGGUAGUUAUGGCCGAAAAUGGCGCAGGAGUGGGAUGGACAGUAAGGGAAGGAAGAACGGGAUCGGGGGUGGAGGAUGAGGUCUACGUGAUGGUGGUUGGAGCAGAGGAGGGAGAGGUGAAAAUAAUAGUGGUGGCUGAUUGGGACAUGCUGGCGGCGAGCGAGGGGGGCACGAAGACGGCGGCGGCGGCGGCGAGAACCGGAAGGAUGGCAGUAGUGACGGCGUUCAGACAGGCAACAACGAGACAGGAAAGCUCAGUCUCAGUCACUAGCUCAGUCUCAGUCACUAACUCAGUCUCAGUCACUAGCUCAUCUCAGUCACUAGCUCAGUCUCAGUCACUAGCUCAGUCUCAGGCACUAGCUCAGUCUCAGUCUCAGUCACUAUCUCAGUCUCAGUCUCAGUCGCUAGCUCAGUCUCAGUCACUUGCUCAGUCUCAGUCUCAGUCACUAGCUCAGUCUCAGUCACUAGCUCAGGCUCAGUCACUAGCUCAGUCUCAGUCACUAGCUCAGUCUCAGUCACUAGCUCAGUCUCAGUCUCAGUCACUAGCUCAGUCUCAGUCACUAGCUCAGUCUCAGUCACUAGCUCAGUCUCAGUCUCAGUCACUAGCUCAGUGUCAGUCACUAGUUCAGUCUCAGUCUCAGUCACUAGCUCAGUCUCAGUCUCAGUCACUAGCUCAGUCUCAGUCACUAGCACAGUCUCAGUCACUAGCUCAGUCUCAGUCACUAGCUCAGUCUCAGUCACUAGCUCAGUCUCAGUCACUAGCACAGUCUCAGUCACUAGCUCAGUCUCAGUCACUAGCUCAGUCUCAGUCACUAGCACAGUCUCAGUCACUAGCUCAGUCUCAGUCACUAGCUCAGUCUCAGUCACUAGCUCAGUCUGAGUCUCAGUCACUAGCUCAGUCUCAGUCACUAACUCAGUCUCAGUCACUAGCUCAGUCUCAAUCACUAGCUCAGUCUCAGUCUCAGUCACUAGCUCAGUCUCAGUCUCAGUCACUAGCUCAGUCUCAGUCUCAGUCACUAGCUCAGUCUCAGUCACUUGCUCAGUCUCAGUCUCAGUCACUAGCUCAGUCUCAGUCACUAGCUCAGUCUCAGACACUAGCUCAGUCUCAGUCUCAGUCACUAGCUCAGUCUCAGUCACUAGCUCACUCAGUCUCAGUCACGAGCUCCGUCUCAGUCUCAGUCACUAGCUCAGUCUCAUCUCAGUCUCAGUCACUAGCUCAGUCUCAGUCACUAGCUCAGUCUCAGACACUAGCUCAGUCUCAGUCUCAGUCACUAGCUCAGUCUCAGUCACUAGCACAGUCUCAGUCACUAGCUCAGUCUCAGUCACUAGCACAGUCUCAGUCACUAGCUCAGUCUCAGUCACUAGCUCAGUCUCAGUCUCAGUCACUAGCUCAGUCUCAGUCACUAGCUCAGGCUCAGUCACUAGCUCAGUCUCAGUCACUAGCUCAGUCUCAGUCACUAGCUCAGUCUCAGUCUCAGACACUAGCUCAGUCUCAGUCUCAGUCACUAGCUCAGUCUCAGUCACUAGCUCAGUCUCAGUCACUAGCUCAGUCUCAGUCACUAACUCAGUCUCAGUCACUAGCUCAGUCUCAGUCACUAGCUCAAUCACUAGCUCAGUCUCAGUCACUAGCUCAGUCUCGGUCACUACCUCAGUCUCAGUCACUAGCUCAGUCUCAGUCACUAGCUCAGUCUCAGGCACUAGCUCAGUCUCAGUCUCAGUCACUAUCUCAGUCUCAGUCUCAGUCGCUAGCUCAGUCUCAGUCACUUGCUCAGUCUCAGUCUCAGUCACUAGCUCAGUCUCAGUCACUAGCUCAGGCUCAGUCACUAGCUCAGUCUCAGUCACUAGCUCAGUCUCAGUCACUAGCUCAGUCUCAGUCUCAGUCACUAGCUCAGUCUCAGUCACUAGCUCAGUCUCAGUCACUAGCUCAGUCUCAGUCUCAGUCACUAGCUCAGUGUCAGUCACUAGUUCAGUCUCAGUCUCAGUCACUAGCUCAGUCUCAGUCUCAGUCACUAGCUCAGUCUCAGUCACUAGCACAGUCUCAGUCACUAGCUCAGUCUCAGUCACUAGCUCAGUCUCAGUCACUAGCUCAGUCUCAGUCACUAGCACAGUCUCAGUCACUAGCUCAGUCUCAGUCACUAGCUCAGUCUCAGUCACUAGCACAGUCUCAGUCACUAGCUCAGUCUCAGUCACUAGCUCAGUCUCAGUCACUAGCUCAGUCUGAGUCUCAGUCACUAGCUCAGUCUCAGUCACUAACUCAGUCUCAGUCACUAGCUCAGUCUCAAUCACUAGCUCAGUCUCAGUCUCAGUCACUAGCUCAGUCUCAGUCUCAGUCACUAGCUCAGUCUCAGUCUCAGUCACUAGCUCAGUCUCAGUCACUUGCUCAGUCUCAGUCUCAGUCACUAGCUCAGUCUCAGUCACUAGCUCAGUCUCAGACACUAGCUCAGUCUCAGUCUCAGUCACUAGCUCAGUCUCAGUCACUAGCUCAGUCUCAGUCACUAGCUCAGUCUUAG